AUGAUGAUUGCUCUCAAAUCCAUAAAUCCUUCCUUCAGACUUACUAACAUCAAGUGUAAUAUCUACAAGAAAAGAAGUUCUACUUUGUACCUCUGCAAGUUCAAUGAGUCUGAUUCUCAAGCUCCUCAACCAGGAGAUACAAAAAAACAGGAACUACUAGCCCAAAUGGCCAUGCUUCAAGCUCGAAAAAUCCGUCUCACAGAUUAUCUAGAUGAGAGAUCAGCAUACUUAACCCAAUUUGGUGAAAUGGUUAACGCCGAGUUUGAAAAGAUUGGAGAAGAUGCCCUCAAAGGAUUAGAUGAAGCUGGUGCCAGAAUAACAGCAAACAUGGAGAGCCAGAUGCUAGAAUUCGAGGAAUCUGCAGAAAUUAACAGACAAGAGAUUAAACAACGUGAAAACGAAUUAGAGGAGUUUGAAGUUCAAAUGGAAAACAGCAGAAAUGAAGGGCUAUUCUUUAAGAACCUAAGAAAGAAGGUACCUGUGGUUGAUAAAGCAAAAGCCAAAGAGGAGGCAGAAAAAAUUAAAGAUGUAAUCAGAGAAAAGGCUGGAAGCCGUAUCAGGAAAAAUGUUUACCGAUUCUUCAUUGGCCUGCUGACCUUUACAGUAGUUUAUUCUAUUGCCUCUCCAUCAACUGAUUGGAGAAAAGUAGCAGUUUUUGGAGCAAUUCUUGUGGCUUUGAUUUCUCAGUUCACCUAUGAACAAAACAUGUCAGUAGAAACCAAAACCACAAGAAAGAUCAACAAUGAAGAGGAAAAUAAAUGA